AUGGUUAAAUCUUACCAACGUUUUGAACAGGAAGCUGUAUUUGGUGUCAUUGACUCUAAUGCUAACUCCGUUUGGAUUCCGCCUACAUCUACCGAGAGAUCAACUAAUCCAGGUAAAAUCAUUACCAGUGCACUAGAAAAUAUAAAUAUAUGGAAUAUCAAAACUGGUGAACUGGAUAGUUUUUUAACCGAUGGUAUUCCAUUGGGUUCUAUCGAUGCUAAAUCUACCAAACCUGCAGAAGUCACAUAUUUGAAAUACCAUAAGGAUACAAAUUUAUUAGCCGCAGGUUAUGCUGAUGGUGUUAUUAAAGUAUGGGAUUUGAUGUCAAAAUCUGUUUUAUUGAGUUUCAACGGUCAUAAAUCUGCUAUUACAGCAUUGGAAUUUGACGUGACAGGUACCAGAUUGAUAUCUGGUUCUAGAGAUUCUAAUAUUAUCGUAUGGGAUUUAGUUAGUGAAGUUGGUCUUUACAAGUUGAGAUCACAUAAGGACAGUAUAACAGGAUUAUGGUGUGAAAAUGAAAAUUGGUUGAUUAGUACCUCUAAGGAUGGUUUGAUCAAGAUUUGGGAUUUAAAAAUUCAACAAUGUGUUGAAACACAUAUUGCACAUACAGGUGAAUGUUGGAGCAUGGGAAUUCAUAAUGAUUUGGUUGUUACAACCGGUAAUGAUUCACAAGUGAAAAUCUGGCAAUUAAACUUAGAAGAAAAGAAUGGUUCAAUGCUAGCGGAGAAAGGAAUUCAUGAAAAGCAAAGUAAGCAAAGAGGUUUAGAUGUUCAAUUCAAAACGACUACUGAUGGUGUAACAUUCUUCUUCAUUCAAAACGCUGAUAAGACUAUUGAAGUAUUUAGAAUUAGAAAAGAGGAAGAAAUUGCAAGAGCUUUGAAGAAAAGAGAAAAGAGACUUUUAGAAAAAGGAAUGACAGAAGAAGAAAUUGCAUUGAAUGUAAAGAAUUCAUAUGUUUCCUUGAUAAUGCAUCCAUUCCAAAUUGUAAGAUCAUUAUACAAAGUUAAGUCUGCAUCUUGGACGUAUACAACUCAAUCUAAAUUAGAUUUAGUGGUCACAACAUCCAGUAAUACUAUCGAAUAUUAUUCAAUUCCUUAUGAAAAGAGAGAUCCGACUCAGCCAGCACCAAACAAAUUGCAUGCAAUUGAAUUGCAAGGUCUACGAACUGAUAUUAGGGCCAUUGACAUUAGUGAUGACACAAAAUUGUUGGCAACUGCUUCCAAUGGGUUACUAAAGAUUUGGAACAUAAAGACUAAAUUAUGUAUAAGGACCUUCGAAUGUGGAUUUGCUUUGACUUGUAAAUUUUUACCAGGUGGUUUAUUGGUAAUUGUUGGUACUAGAAAUGGUGAAUUGCAAUUAUUUGAUCUUGCUACCUCUACUCAAUUGGAAAACAUCGAAGAUGCACAUGAUGCAGCUAUCUGGUCCUUAGAUAUUACUAAUGAUGGUAAGAGGCUUGUUACAGGUUCUGCCGAUAAAACUUUAAAGUUCUGGGAAUUCAAACUAGAUCAACAGUUGAUUCCAGGGACUACGAAUAAGUUUGUAAACGCCUUAAGAUUACACCACGAUACCACUAUGGAAUUAAACGAUGAUAUUUUGAGUAUUAAACUAUCGCCUGAUGAUAAAUAUUUGGCAGUUUCAUUAUUAGAUAAUACAGUGAAGAUUUUCUUCAUGGAUACAAUGAAAUUUUUCUUAAGUUUAUAUGGUCAUAAAUUACCUGUUUUGUCAAUUGAUAUUUCAUUUGAUUCAAAGUUAGUAAUUACAUCAUCUGCUGAUAAAAAUAUUAAAAUUUGGGGUCUAGAUUUUGGUGAUUGUCACAAAUCACUUUUCGCACAUCAGGAUUCUAUUAUGAAUGUCAAAUUUGUUCCUGAAUCUCAUAAUUUCUUUAGUUGUUCUAAGGAUGGUUUAAUAAAAUACUGGGAUGGUGAUAAAUUUGAGUGUAUUCAAAAAUUGGCUGGUCAUCAAAGCGAAGUAUGGGCAUUAGCUAUUGCUAACGAUGCAUCCUUCGUGGUAUCUACUUCUCAUGAUCAUAGUAUUAGAAUUUGGGAAGAAACUGAGGAUGAAGUUUUCUUAGAGGAAGAAAGGGAUAAAGAAAUGGAAGAACAAUAUGAGGAAACAUUGUUGAAUUCAUUAGAAGAAGGACAUGGUGACGAUGCCUUUAAGAAGGAUGCUGGUGAUGCACAAGAUGAUGAAGCAUCAGAUGUUCAUAAACAAACAAUAGAGUCCUUAAAAGCCAGUGAAAGAUUGAUGGAGGCUCUUGAUUUAGGUAUAUCUGAAAUUGAGAAGAAAAAGACAUAUGAUAGAGAGAUGAAACAAUGGAAAAAGAAGAAAGCCGGUGAGGCACCAAUUGCUCCUCAGGGUAAUGCUAUCCUGUUAGCUAUAAAGAAGACUCCAAUAGAAUAUAUCAUGGAUACCUUGGUAAGAAUUAAACCAUCUCAAAUGGAGGAUGCAUUAUUAGUAUUCCCAUUUUCAUAUAUUUUGAAAUUUUUACAAUUUAUUGAUAUGGCACUAGCUGAUCCGAAAUUAAGCAGUAAUCAUUUACCAUUGAUUUGUAAGAACUUAUUCUUUGUGAUAAGAUAUAAUCAAAAGGAAUUAGUUGCACAAAAGAAUGAAACUUUGAAAUUACAAAUCACUAGAGUGAAAACACAAUUAAGAAACAAAUUGCAAGAGAAUGAAGACGAUUUAGGGUUCAAUGUUCAAGGUUUAAAAUUUGUGAAACAACAGUGGAACUUGAGACAUAACUUUGAGUUUGUCGAUGAGUAUGAACAAAGAAAGGAAGAAGAAAAGGGGAAGAAGAAGAGAGUCUUCGAGACUUUAGUAUAA